AUGGCUUCAACUUCACAAGGUAACCCUAACUCUGAGUUUGAAGACAUCAUCAACCGUAUGAAUAACCUUAUGGAGGAACCUCACACAUACAGUUAUGAUGACAAUGAUGAUGCGCAAGAAACUUCAUUUGAUACUCAUAAAAACGUGCUCUUCAAGUUCAACUCUGGGAAAGAGUAUCAUCUAAACAUUCUAAACGAAGUCCUGUCAAAAGCUUGGAGACCCACUGGUGCAGUUUCGAUCACAGAUAUUGGAAGUGGGUACUACAAUGCAAAGUUUCAGUUUUUAUGCGACAUGGAAACUGCUUUACAAGGCACUCCAUGGUCUGUAAAAGAAGACCUAAUGCUACUGGAAAGAUGCAAAGAAGAAUUUCUUAUAGAAGACUAUGAUUUCAAAUACGUUUACUUCUGGAUACAUAUUCAUGGAUUACCAUUAAGUAUGAUGAACAAAGAAAAAGUUUUCAAUAUCAUUAAGGAAAUUGAAAAUCCAUAUCCAAUAGACUCUGAACUAGCAUCUAAACGGGGUAAAUACGCAAAGGUACGUGUUAGAUUGAAUAUCACUAAACCUCUGCCUAAAGAUAUGAUUAUUACCCUAAAAUCGAAAAAGAAGAUCACUAUCACUUUCAGGUAUGAAAAACUCCCUAGAUUGUGUUUCUUUUGCGGGUACUUUGGGCAUAUUAUGAAGCAGUGUCCACAUCUAUCAAAAAAGCUAGAAGAGAUCCCAAAUCUCAGUCCGGAGGAGUUUGCUUACAAGAUGAAUGACAAGACAUAUGCCAGGUAUAACGAAGAAAUUCGAUCUUUUAUCAAGCAAAAAAAUCCAGGAAUCAUACGAACAGCUCAAGAUCUUCAUCAAGUGAAGAAAUCUAACACCAAUGCUCAGGGGCCGUUAAUCUCAGGGAAAAUGAUCAACGGUAGCAAGGAUGCUCCCAGUCAGAUACAACUUAAUUUGGCAGCAUUAAGAAUGACUACAAGCAACAUUGGGGAAACAACUAAUUUAGGGUACUCUGAAAAGUGCAGGCAGCCCUUGACGUCUACUGCAACGGUCUUAAAAAACAUAAGUUUAUCUAAAGAUGACAAGGUGUCGACAUCUACAGGAAAUCAGGUGAUGUACCCUGAGCAAGGUAAGGCUGAUAGUCAUGUCAAUUAUAAGACAAAUGAAAAUGCUGCAGCUACAGAACUGUAUGCCACCAACACAAGCACAACUGUAAGGCCUGAAAACCACUCCCAGCUGCAGUCACAUGAUCCAAGUAAAAUGGUUGAUCAGAACAGUAUUAGCUGUGAGAUGCCAUCAAAGAAAAUUACAGACAGUGAAAGUACGAGAAAUACUGAAGGUAAUUUUGCUUCGAUGAAGUCGGCUAUAUUACCAGCUUCUGAAAAUGGUUCAAAGGCCCAGCUCAUAAUAUAUCCAAGAAUCCCAAUGUUAAAACCCGAUAAAUCACAGUUGCAGACAAUUUCAACCCCUUUCCUUUCAUCACACCCAAAUACCAAACCUAAUUCGAAUUUCACUCAGCGAGGAGAAAUUUUGAAAUCAAGUGAGGCAGAUGAGUUCUCAUCUAUCUCAGUUUCUUCUACGGAUUCAACGAAGAAGAAGAAUAAGUGUUCGAAGAGAUCAGCAAGGAUUAAUUCGAAAGGAAGCACUGAAAAGAAAGAUGAAGAGAUUUCAAUUGGGGUUAAAAGGCAUGCUUGUCCUAUGGAUAUUGAUGUUCCAAUCAAGAAGACUCAUUCAACAGUUAACUCUCAAAAGGGUGUGGUGGCUGCCCAAAAUCAGCCACAAGUCCAAUGUUAA